GGUGGGGGCAGCGGAAGGGGAGGGCAAGGCAGAGAGAGCAAUAGGAAGAGGACACUACAACCUACUUGAAUAAUUGAUAGCGCGAGGAGGGGGGAGCGUAUGCAGGAGCAGCUGGACUCCCUGUGUCUCCAUCCGCUCACCAGCCGGGGAUGAGAGAGCCCAGCUCAGGAGAUCUGAUGAAGUGGAGCGCUGUAUCAGUGACAUCCUAGACUCUCCUGUCCAGGACCCCCAGACUGCACUUACCUCUGCUGUUCACAACAAGACUGUGGAUUUGUUUGAAAUGAUUGAAAAAAUGCAGGGGAGUCGUCUGGAUGAGCAAAGAUGUUCUCUCCCAACUCCGCUCAAGAGAGAAGAGGAGUAUAUCCCAUACCCCAGCAUCCAUGAGGUGUUACGGAAAGGGUGGCCAUACCCCCUCAUUAUCCUACCCCAGUUUGGGGGCUAUUGGAUUGAAGGAACCUGCCAUGGCCUCCCCAGAUCGACCUCAGCUCUGCAUGACCUGCCUUCCCCCUGCAGCAGUAAAGUGAAGCUAGAGUGCGACCCCACGGCCAAGCUGUACCGCAAGCACUUCUUGGGGAAGGAGCAUCAGAACUUUUACUCCAAUGACACAACCUUGGGCUACCUGAUCCUUUCUGUGAAGUAUGAGCAGAUUGAGAGGCACGACAACUUGCACCUGCUGCUGAGGACUCGAACUGGUACCAAACACGACCUGAUCCCCAUUUCUUGUCUGAAUGAGUUCCCCAAUGCAGUCCAGAUGGCGAAGCUGCUGUGUGAGGACGUGAAUGUUGACCGAUUCUUCCCUGUCCUCUACCCCAAGGCUUCCCAGCUCAUUGUUGCCUUUGAUGAACACGUCAUAAGCAAUAACUUCAAAUUUGGGGUCAUCUACCAGAAAGCUGGGCAGACCACAGAGGAAGAAGUCUUCAGUAAUACUGAAGAGAGUCUGGCCUUCUUGGAGUUCCUGGAGUACCUUGGAGACAGGAUCCAGCUGCAGGAUUUCCGUGGGUUCCGAGGAGGCUUGGAUGUCACGAGGGGUCAAACUGGCACCGAAUCAGUCUAUACCAAUUUCCGGGGCAAGGAGAUCAUGUUCCAUGUAUCUACGAAGCUGCCAUUCACAGAGGGAGAUGCCCAGCAGCUGCAGCGGAAGCGUCACAUUGGGAACGACAUUGUGGCCAUUGUCUUCCAGGAUGAAAACACUCCCUUUGUCCCUGACAUGAUAGCAUCUAAUUUCCUGCAUGCCUAUGUGGUGGUACAGCUCGCUCAUGGUGCCAUUGGGGAGACCCUCUACAAGGUUUCAGUAACAGCUCGAGAUGACGUCCCAUUCUUUGGACCCCCUCUCCCAAAUCCAGCCAUAUUUAAAAAGGGUCCAGAGUUUCGUGAAUUCCUCUUGGCUAAGCUAAUUAAUGCUGAGUACAGCUGCUACCAGGCUGAAAAGUUUGCCAAACUAGAGGAGCGGACUCGCAGUGCCCUCCUAGAGAGCCUUUUUGAGGAGCUGCAGCUCCAUAGCCGCAGCAUGAUGGGCCUGGCCUCUGGGGACGAUGACAAGAUGGAGAAUGGGGGUGGUGGCUUCUUUGAAAAUUUCAAGCGGGUGAUCCGAGGCCGCAGCCAGAGCCUGGAUACCAUGGGGAUAGCCAUGAGGAAACAACAGCAGCCGGCAACCCCGCCCAGCCGCCCGGCUACUGCCGGCCUUGCUCUCAACCAGAGUGUCGCCGAGGGCACCAAGGCUAUUGCUGCGUCCUUUGCCCUGCCUGGGAGGAGCCCAUCACGCACCCGAGGCAGCCACUUCCACGGGCGUCGCAGCAGUGCCAUUGGCAUUGAGAACAUCCAGGAGGAGAAGAGUAGGGGUGUUGCUGACAGAAUCCAGAAGGUGCUGGAGAGUCCAGGACCCUUUUUAGACCUGAAGUCUGAUGGCUCCUCCAGUCCCAGUUCCCCAGAGUUCCCAAACAGGAAGAACAAAACCCUCUCCAAUCAAACCUUGGGAUAUUGUGUGAUGCAGCCACUCUCACGCUCCUCAUCCAACGUGAGCAGCUGCUGUAGUGGAGUGAGGGAAAAUGAAACAUCUGAGGAAGAGGAGAAUGAGACGGAGCUGAUGUGCUCUCUUGAGGUUCCUCAGAAGCGGGAUUCCCUGGUUCAGAGUGUGUGGCUGGAUGACAGUGUGGGCACACCCAGUAGUGCUAGCUCACCAGUAACCCGACUGCUCCCUUCUAGCAACACUGCAAGCUCCAUGGAGAAGGGGAAAGGCAACAAGGCAGAUGCUCAGCGUUACAGCCCGGCCUCCAUUUUGUGUUGUGUGUGAUGUCAUCGCUGGAGGGGUGUCACGGUGCAUGCUGGGUAAUGUACAGGACUUGCUGCUGAAGUGAAGGGCCUGGCUACUCCUUACCUUAGAGAUUCAGAGGAGAAAAGCUGGAUUCCCAAGACUGCUGGCCCUUCUGCUUCCUCCAGUGAUGGUUGUGUCAAAAGCAACCAGAAAACCAACCACAAAACCAAAUGUGGCAUUAAUUCAUUCAAGUAUAUCAUUCCAGCUCAGCCAUCUCUAGGGCCAGGAACAAGCUAUUCCACUAGGGGAUUUCCAUACAAUCCAGUGGAGGAGAGAGAGUGAAAAGGGAGCACUUCCAGUUUGUUUUUAUUCCUGGUAUAAAACUUUCCCCAUUGAGUCCAGUGCAGAAGGGUUCAGAUAGCCUGUUCAUGGUCUUCUCUUCUUGGGAAGGCAGCACUUAAGAGUCCAUUCUUGAGGAGGCAGAGAAAUCCAGUUCACGAUUUCUGCCCUAUGAAUUGACAUGGAAUUUGCCAUUGACCUCCAAGGGCAUUACUGUAACCCUGUCAUUAAAGAGAGGCCCAGGCCCUGAACCCAUUGAGGGCUAUGCCUGUCUCCUCAGAAUGUGUGUACAUGAAGGUCUCUCCUUCCCCCAUCUUUCAUCACACUGCAAACUUAGUGUAGGAAACACUGUCCCGUUAGGAGUCAUUCUUUUUACGGUAACUGAUGAGUUCCGCAGCCUUGUCCUUGAGGAUUUCAUUUUCCCUCUGUAUCGUCUCCCUUUUCUCUCUCUGCACCCUGCAGUAGAAGGAUGUGUAAAUGUGAAUCUCUGACCCUCGCUCCAUGCUUGUGGUGUCUGUGUGGCAUCUUGGCUUGCAAUAAAAGGAGAUUAUGACCAACCGA